CCCCUUAUCACUACGCGUAGUGUCUAUUUCGUAGGACCACCAUCCUUCAAAUGAAAUCGGCAGUCAACGCAAAUCGCAUACUAUGAGCCAAGGUCACCGCUCGGAGGAGGUGAUUCGAGUGAAUCUGUUGUUCUUUGCCAAAUCACGCGAACUGGUAGGAACUUCUUCGUUGGUUAACUUUCCCUUGCCAACCAGUGAAGGUCGCCUGAGUGGUUCCGCGGUGCUUGGUACCAUCUGUGAACGGUUCCCGGAGCUGGCCGCCAUCCGCGAUAGCGUCAUCAUUGCCCACAACGAGCAAUACUGCGAGGAUUUGACGGAACCGAUUAACCUAGCGAACGGUGACGAAAUUGCGGUGAUUCCGCCGAUCGCCGGAGGAUAAUUGCUUGCUGAUUCUCGGAGAUGAAUUAUCUCAAGUUGACGUUCGACAAGUUGGAGGUGGGAGAGAUCAACGAUCUGGUGGCACAUGAGAGCUGUGGAGCGAUAUCAUUGUUUGUCGGAACGACCAGAGAUAAUUUCGACGGUAAAACGGUGGUUCUACUAGAAUAUGAAGCAUACGAAGCCAUGGCCUUGAAAACCAUGAACCAGAUUUGUGAGGAAAUGCGCGCACGUUGGUCUGACAUCAAGAAUAUUGGCAUUCAUCAUCGCCUGGGAACGGUGCCUGUUAAAGAAGCAUCGGUGGUUAUAGCCGUUAGUUCACCGCAUCGGAAGUCCAGUUUGGAAGCAGUCCAUUUCGCCAUCGAUGAACUGAAGAAAAGUGUACCCGUGUGGAAGAAAGAGCAGUACGCCGAAGGGGAAGGCUGCUCCGAGUGGAAAGAGAACAGGGAGUGUACCUGGUCAAAAUGUCAUAAAGACAAUCAUAUUUUAUGAUGAAUACAUUUUAAAUGUAAAAGUAUAGUCGGCAGGCUCCAUAUUGUGCACGUGAAUAGUUUUAAUGACAAAUGACGCAUAGAGAAAGGCGUUGAAUAUUAAGGGUAAGUAUGAAAACGAAUGCAAAGCAGGUGGUCGGCAAAAAUGUGCAACAUGUAUACUAAUAAAUCUGAAUGAAUGUUUUUAUAUUCCACUGUUAAAAA